UUUCUUUCUAUUCUUAGGGUUCCCCUUUCCCUAUUUUAUCUGUAUAAUUAAUUUGGUCCAAGCUGAGAUUCAAUGCAAUCAACCAUAAUAAUUUUCCAGAUUUCUGUAAUCCUUGCUCUUUAGACCACUGGCACACAUACACACACACACCUGUCAUCUCUUUGUUCAUAUCUUUUUUUACAGUGUUUUUAGCGUUAAAUUUCGGUGCCUCUGCGAUUUAGGGUGAAAAGGCUUGGGAUUGCAAAUGCCGGAGGAGGAUUUGGUUGAAGUUAAGUUUCGUUUGUUCGAUGGAUCAGAUGUUGGUCCAUUUCGAUGCUCACCGGCUUCAACUGUAGCUAUGCUUAAAGAGCGAAUUGUUGCUGAGUGGCCCAAAGAUAAAAAAAUUGCACCCAAGGCGGCAAAUGAUGUAAAGUUGAUAAGUGCUGGGAAAAUUUUGGAAAACAACAAGACUGUUGGUCAAUGUAAAACGCCUUUCGGUGAGCUACCUAAUGGUGUGAUUACCAUGCAUGCUGUUGUACAGCCAUCAGUAGGUAAAUCAAAAUCAGAAAAGAAGAUUGACGAGACUCAAAAGAAAAGCGUCUGCGCAUGUGCCAUAUUGUGAGAUUGUAAGUGAUUCAGUUUAACCUUGUGGAUUCUUCAAUUCACGCCACCGCUGUGAAGUUCAGUUAAGAGAGCCAAUAAUUGGCGAACAGUAUGAUAGCUCAUUAUUACCUUGUUUGUUGAAUGACAUUUCAGUGCAACAGGUUCUAUUUAUUUUCAUGAAUUUGGUAGGUGUACAUUUGUAAUUGCAGAUUUCUUAUACAAAAACACUGAGCUGGGUUGCACUCAGAAGGAUUUUAUAGAGCUCUUGUUAUUCUA